AUGGUCACAACUUCGAUAGUGAAACUUGUACCCAAUGAAAAAGUGUUGAACAGGAAAAUGCCAGUUAUAGUUAUCAAAGAUUAUUCUUGGCGUCAAACUACAGAAUUUAUUAUACUAAAUAUACCUUUAAAAGGUCAUCCAAAAAAGAUUGAUGUAUUUGUAAUAGAUAAUUAUAUAAAGAUCAGUUUUCCACCAUUUAUAUUAGAAUUAUUUCUUUGGACUAAUGUUGUCGAAGAAGAAAGUAAAUGCACCUUAACUGAAGAAAAAGCAAUACUUACUUUGCGUAAAACAAAUAUUAGUUUGGACUGGCCUACCCUUGAAGUACAAGAUAUUAGUAAUGAUUAUAAACGAGACUGUCGUAAUCGUGCUUUAGAACAUGCUCAAAAGAUCGCCGAAGAAAAAACAAAACUCAAGAGUGAAAAACAUCAACAUUUACAAAAAGAAGCAGUGAAAGAUCAAAUCAAUAUAAACACGGCUACACUAAAUAAAAUAGAUGCAAUGCGAGACACACAUCGAAAAGAAGCUAUGCGGGAAUUUGAAGACUGGAGAUCAAAAGCUGAACUACCAUUUCUUCCUAAUGUUGAAGGAAAAGUACAAGAAAAUAGGAAAGCUUACAAACCGCCGUUGAAAUGGUUUGAAACUGUUGAUAAUACAUUAAAAUCACGAUCCAUGACUGAGGAAGAAAUAUGUAAUAAUAAUGUUACUAUAAAAGAAUUGGAAUCAAAAUCAAACGAGAAUUCAAAAAUUCUAGAAAUAAACAGAAACCAAGAAAAUAAUCUUAAAAUAAAAGUAUUAAAGAAAGAAGAUUUUCUCAAAAGUGACCCUAAUUAUUCUAAAGAUUCUGAAUCAGAUUAUGAAGUCUUAUCAUAUGAUUCAGUAAAAGCAACAAACAAAAAAGAAGUAGAUGAUGUUUAUAAGAAAGAGCAGAAAAAAAGACCGGGAUUGGAAGCUGUAAAAGCUGCGAUACGUGGUAAUGUUUUGAAAGGAACCAACAUAUUUGAAGAACCUUCGAAAUCGAUACCAUUACCAAGAAAAAUGGGUACGAUUAAUGUCACAUUUUCGGAAAGAAAGUUUCCAACACCAGCUAGGGAAAGUUCUCAUAUCGAGGAACAAAAAUGGUUACAAAAACAGGCAGAAGCAAGACGUAAAAUUGGCUUCGACGCGGAAGAUCUCCGGCUGGAAGAACGAGAUCCACAAUGGUUAAAGGAUAAAGGAGACGAUUUCUUUAAAGACGGAAACUAUCUUGCAGCUAUAAGUGCUUAUACGUAUGGGAUUAAAAUUAGCAGUGAAAUGGCAUCCCUUUAUGCGAAUAGAUCAGCAGCACAUUAUGCAUUAGAAAACUAUUAUAAAUGUAUGGAAGAUUGUUCUAAAGCAUUAGAAUUAAUGGAACCAAAAUGUGAAAGCAAUCGGGAGUCAAGGGCCAAGUGUCACGCUCGACGAGGCGCAGCACUUUGUAAAUUAUCCGCACCUCAGCAUGGUAUUCCUGAGUUAGAAGCUGCAUUGGUAUUGACACCGGACAAUGAAAGUAUAAAACGUGACCUGUUGGUCGCGAAACAAUACUUCGACAUGAAAGAUUAA